AAAUGAGAACUGCUGAAUAAAAAGCCAAACAACACAACAAAAUAAAAACAGAAAUAAAAAGUCAAUUCAAACCCCAUGUGUCCAACAUUCUAAGUCACAAGCCAAUAGUCAGGGAACUGUAAAACUACAAGUCCCAGCAUGCCCCUCUAGCUGAGCCCCGAGCAGCUCGGUUAAGUCAGUAGCCAGGAGCAUGUGAGAGGUGGAGUCUUGUGUUUUUCAGACCCCCCAUGACAACAGCACCCCCUACUCCCCCUCCCUCUCGGUAACCCACAGCGGGCGGCAGACAGGAGUGGCGCCCGGACACCGCAGCAGCCAUUUUGAAUUGAGCAGACAAAGAGCGCGCGUUUCUUAGCCGGGAGCCUUCUCUCCGCUUCUAGCCUCAGCACCUCACCCGGAUUGCCUUCCAGACGCUUCCCCGACCUUCCCCUAUUUUCCCUGUCUCCAUCCCGUCCCACCGACCCCGCUUGAUCCUUUCCUGCCCUCCCAAUACCGCUCGCAGCCAUUUGCCCACUCCUUAAGUAGCCAUGAGCCAGCCAAUGGAAGAUUCGCUCCGGUGUGACGUAAUUGCCCCGCCGCGCAGGCGCACAGAGCUGCUGCCCUCCUGAGUUGAGCGGCGGAGUAAAGAUGGCGGCGGGUUCGGAUCUGCUGGAUGAGGUUUUCUUCAACACGGACGUGGACGAUAAAGUGGUCAGCGAACUGGUGGGAUCCCUCGAGUCUCAGCUGGCCGCUGCGGCCCACCAGCACCAUCAUCAUCACCACCAGCAUCAGCCCCCCGCCGAGGCCCGCAGCCAGGCCCUGGCUAACCAUGUCACCAGCCCGGGGGCAGGGGUAGCCAGUGCGGGGGGCCAGCCUGAGGCCAAGAUAGGGCUCUCCCCGGAGCUGCCUAAAACGGGAGCCGCUGUACCUGGAGUUCAAGGAGGUGUCAUUAACAGCCGAUCACAAACCACAGCACAGCCUGACGGGACUCAGUCUGCUAUACCUGAAGCACCAGGAGCUCUUACCCAGGCUAAAGCUGGGGUUCUGGGCAACAUGGCAUCCGCUCUUCCCAAUCACAGUUCAGGAAAUGGUAAAAAUGCCACCCUACAGACCAUGAAUGGGAGUAAUGUUGUGAUUAAUUCGCACGGACCUGGGGUUCAUGGAACCCCGUACCAGGGGAACAGCAAUCCUGCUGUCAACAUAGUGAACAAUGGGCCGGCUCCUGUCACUAAGGGUGGAGUGAACCCAGGAGCCAACACCGUUAUCCAGACUUCUUUUCUUGGGACUACUAAUGUGGCGUCCUCUGUCAUCUCUUCCUCAUCCACGUCGACUGCAGGAGCAGCUGGGCAACAAGUUGGCAUGGCAGGUGUACCCACGAGCGUAGCAUUGGUGAGGCCUCUGGUGCACCAGGCCACACAGAACGGGAGCAAUACUGUGAUCAAUUCCCCUCUGUCUACCCCAGCUGGGGUAUCGCUGCAAAUGAACAGUCAGCCCAGUCCCGCAAUCAAGUCGGAAUCCCCUAAAACUAUUAUCCAGCCCCCUCAGCAGAGCCAGCCUAACCCUGGCAAUAUGGUGUUAGCACAGACUAUGCAAGCUGGAGGAGCUGUGUCUGCCCCUGCUACACCUACAGUAAUGGGCAAAACUACAGUCAGUGCCGUGCCUCCCAACUUGCCAAGGACUCCUACAGCACCGGCUGGUGGCAUCAGGGCUACAAUCACUCCCCCUAUGCUUGCCCCGCGCUUGCCACAGCCUCAGCAGAACCCAGCGAGCGUUCAGAAUUUCCAGCUUCCGCCCGGAAUGGUCCUUGUAAGGAGCGAGAAUGGCCAGCUUUUAAUGAUCCCCCAGCAAGCCUUGGCCCAGAUGCAAGCCCAAGCUCAAGCCCAAGCCCAAGCUCAAGCCCAAGCUCAAGCUCAAGCCCAAGCACAAGCCCAGUCGCAAUCUCAGAACACCAUGGUUCCCCGUCCUGCCACUCCAACCAGUGCCCCUCCUGUACAGAUUUCUGCAGUGCAGUCUCCUGGAGCCCCGCUCUUAACCAGACAGGUCACACCAACCAUCAUCAAGCAAGUAACUCAAACGCCAACAACUGUGCAGCCCACCACAACACUACAGCGCCCUCCUGUUGUACAGACUGGGACACCUCAGAGACCUGUGCAAGGAGCUGCUACCCCUGCUGCAGCCACCACGGAAACCAUGGAAAAUGUGAAGAAAUGCAAGAAUUUUUUAUCCACGCUAAUUAAGUUGGCUUCAUCGGGUAAACAGUCCACUGAGACCGCAGCUAAUGUGAAAGAACUAGUGCACAACCUCCUGGAUGGGAAAAUUGAAGCAGAGGAUUUCACGAGUAGACUGUACAGAGAACUGAAUUCUUCACCUCAACCUUACCUUGUGCCUUUCCUGAAGAGGAGCCUCCCUGCCUUGCGCCAGUUAACGCCAGAUGCUGCAGCCUUCAUCCAGCAGAGUCAGCAGCAGCAGCCCCACACGCAGCCCACGACUGCCCUCACUGCAGUGAUGCUGAGUAGUCCUGUGCAGCGAACCGCUGGCAAGACUACCGCUACUGUCACUAAUACAUUGCAACAGCCAGUCAUAAGCCUCACACAAACCGCACAGUCCAAGCCGGGGCAGCCCACCCCACUGGUCAUUCAGCAGGCACAUAAGGCGGGAGCAGUGGUACGUCCCCCACAUGUGACAUUAACUCAGACGCCCAUGGUAGCACUUAGGCAGCCUCCAAAUCGGAUCAUGCUCACCACACAGCAGCUGCAGUUAAACCCACUACAAACAGGUGCGGUACAAACAGUUCCAGUGGCGAAGCAAGCCUUGUUACACGGAGCAAAAACAAUGUCUGUAAUAUCCGCACAGGCUGCGGCAGCACAGAAAAAUAAAUUAAAAGAGCCGGGGGGAGGAUCGUUCAGAGAUGACGAUGAUAUUAAUGAUGUAGCUUCCAUGGCCGGGGUGAACCUCUCUGAAGAAAGUGCAAGGAUAUUGGCGACGAAUUCGGAGUUAGUGGGAACGUUAACGCGGUCCUGCAAAGACGAGACGUUUCUGCUGCCUGCACUGCUACAGAGGAGAAUAUUGGAAAUAGGUAAAAAGCACGGAAUCACAGAAAUCCAUCAGGACGUUGUCAGUUAUGUUUCCCACGCAACACAACAGCGGCUACAAAACAUUGUAGAAAAAAUCUCGGAAACAGCGCAGCAAAAGAAUAUUUCGCACAAGGACGAUGAUAGGUAUGAACAAACAAGCGACGUACGGACGCAGCUCAAAUUCUUCGAGCAGCUUGAUCAGAUUGAAAAGCAGAGGAAAGAUGAGCAGGAGCGAGAGAUUCUCAUGCGGGCAGCUAAGUCUCGGUCAAGGCAAGAGGAUCCGGAACAAUUACGGCUAAAACAGAAGGCAAAAGAGAUGCAACAGCAGGAACUGGCACAAAUGAGGCAGAGGGACGCCAACUUAACAGCGCUAGCAGCUAUCGGCCCUCGAAAGAAGAGGAAAGUUGAGUCACCGGGCCCUGGUUCUGGUUCAGAGUCAUCCAGCACAAGUACAGCCACGGCCAGCAGUUCUGCGGGAGGGAGCAGCCGACAGUUUACAAGACAAAGGAUAACGCGAGUCAAUCUCAGGGACCUCAUAUUAUGUUUGGAGAGUGAGCGAGAGACAAGCCAUUCACUAUUGCUAUACAAAGCAUUCCUUAAGUGAAACUCACAAAACUCAA